CAACCGAGCUUUCAUGCCUAAAAAAUCCUCCAGUCCAGCUGCUCCUGAGUUGGAUCCUAUCCAUCAAAAAAUAUUGUUCGGCAAGUUCCGAUACCUCACGGCCUGGGUCAUCUUCUUCAUUUUUCGUGCAGGUGCGUGGUGGUAGUCAUCGUCGUCGUGUUAUCUGUUGAUCAACCUCAAAUUCAGCUCAUAUCGGAAUCCUCGCUGUUGGAGAAGUGUUUCGUUUUUUCCUUUCAAGUCACUGAAAGGCAAGCUUUGGGACUGCAGUGCAGGUGCAGCUCUUGUUUGUUAUCUUGAAAUAUUGGCCACGUUUGCUGUAACAUAUGACAAAUUUUGAAGGGAAAGUUAAAUUCACUUCACUUUCUAAGCAAGAAAAGGAGAAAAAUCUAUACUCCCAUGUUGAUGACUAUAGUAAUUCUGUAUGGCCUGCAUCAAACGGGGCAGCUAGUCACCAAUUAGGCUCGAAGUCUGCAAAAGAAGACAUCUCUUUCCAGUUUCCAUUUGAUUCCGAAGACUUCAUUGAUGGAGGAUAUGAUUCAAGCGAGGAUCCUUGCAAUGCUAUGGAAAUUAGUAGGCCUCCAGAAGUUAACCUGAAAAAUGUUUUAAGCGGGAUUGUUGCAAUUUUGACUGGGCGGAACAAAGGUCCAAGUGUUUCCUUGCAUCAACAACUUCCAAGUUCAAAUGUUUCCUUUCUUGGGUCUGAAAAGAAUGGGGACACAUAUUUGCAUUCUUCGGUUUACAUUCCAAGUGCCCCUCCACUUCUGGAACCAAGUGGGAUUAACUAUAGUGCUAACAAAGAGGUGUUAGAAGCUGAACCCCCAGAGUGGCUACCAGAUAGUUCUACUACAGUUUGCAUGCAGUGCACUGCACCCUUCACAGCACUUACCCGUGGAAGACAUCAUUGUCGAUUUUGUGGUGGAGUUUUUUGUAGAGCUUGCACUAAAGGAAGAUGCUUGCUACCUGUUAAGUUUAGGGAGAGAGAUCCACAGAGGGUAUGUGAUGCCUGCUAUGAUAGGCUUGAUCCCUUGCAAGGAAUUCUCAUCAAUACCAUUAGCAAUGCUGUCCAAGCAGCAAAACAUGAUGUGAUGGAUUGGACAUGCACAAGAGGAUGGUUGAACCUUCCUGUUGGUUUGUCCAUGGAGCAUGAGAUAUACAAAGCAUCAAAUACAUUGAGAAGCUACUGCCAGGUUGCUAGAUUAAAUCCUGAGAGGUCCAUACCUCUAGCAGUUCUCAAAGGAGCCAAAGGCUUGGCAAUAUUAACUGUUGUCAAAGCUGGUGUGUUGGUUGCUUACAAACUUGGUACUGGUCUAGUCAUUGCUCGGAGGUCUAAUGGGUCAUGGUCUGCCCCAUCUGCAAUAUGCUCAGUUGGUUUAGGAUGGGGUGCUCAGAUUGGAGGUGAGCUCUUGGAUUUUAUAAUUGUCCUCCAUGAUACGAAAGCUGUGAAGACAUUUUGUAGUCGCAUGCAUCUUUCUCUUGGUGCUGGUUGCAGUGCUGCAGCAGGUCCUAUUGGGAGGGUCCUGGAAGCUGAUCUUCGUGCUGGGGAUAGAGGUUCUGGCAUGUGCUAUACUUACAGUUGUAGCAAAGGGGCAUUUGUUGGAGUCUCACUUGAAGGGAAUGUAGUUGCUACAAGGAUGGAUACCAAUCUAAGAUUCUAUGGUGAUCCUUAUCUCACCACAAAUGACAUUCUUCUUGGGACCGUGGACAGACCAAAAGCUGCCCAGCCGUUGUACGCUGCCGUUGAAGACCUCUACUCUAGUCUGAGGUCUUAGUCGCCACUUGUCAGGCUCUCUACAUGUGGGAUGUCUCUGUUUAAUUAUGAAUAUCUAAAGUUCCUCUUUGGAUGUGCCAUGCCUCCGUCUGCUGCUUAGUUGUGCAAUUGCUUCUCAACAUGAUUUCUGCUCUCUGAAUUGUAUAAUGCACUAUUUUUAUUGGGUGUGCCUCCGCACAAAGGAAGAACCUUUCAUGCGGCAGACAAGGCAGCAGAAAUGUGCAUUUACUACAAGCUCACAUUCAAUUUGAUUAAUGAGCUUCGCAAGUAGCCAACCAUCCUCAUUAUCACGAUCAUGAUGUAAAUAGACAGUCGUGUAGAUACACAAAUAUUGGGAUUUGGACAUGUAUAUAGGAUUGUAUGAUGAUCAAGUUCAUUUGGUAUUUCUUAGUAUAUAAUGAAUAUUGAAAAUAGCCUAUUGGUUAUUUUCUCAA